GUCACGUGACGCUGCAUUAGCUCGCUGACUCUGCUAUGUUUGUCGUUUGCGCUAAACCGUUUAGAAAUGACAACUUUGUCGCUUUUGUCGGUUUAUCACCGCGGAGGGACGUCGCGCGGCCGCUCGGAGACCCGUUUUUACCGACGCUGCUCGAGGACUUUGACUGCGAAAACGGGCCUUCGCGUCACGUGACCGGCAUGCGGCUGAGCGUUUGAUAAAAAAAGAUGGCGUGAGCUCGGCGGAGCGAAGAGGACAACAAACCGCCGCCGACCGACCGGGAGCUCACAGCGGCCGCUCAGCUGUCAAAUGGAUCCUGGACAGGAUUUACUCCUCGCUGCCCUGAGUGAGAGUGGCAUUUGCCCAAAUGAUAUCGGACUAUUUGAUGUUGAUUCUCAGGAUGUUGCACAGCCCUCUACAACCCAGCAAUCUAUCUCCAUCAGUGCCCUGGAUGUUGGCGCGGGGACAGAGUCAGUGGAAGUUGUUCGACCUGAGCCUCCAGCUCCAGUCCCUAUCGUUACCAUCAGGCACAAACCUCAGCCAUCAACCACCACGUUUGUCUUAAAUCAGCUGAAUCAGUUGCCGUCGCUCGGAGCUGCUGUGACCAAACAAUCAGUUACAAACCCGAUCAAACACACCAUCACCGUCACCAAAGUGGUCCAUGUUGCAAAUUCAGCCCUGCGAGGAUCUUCGACCCCCUCCUCCACAAGUAUUCCUCCUUCGGCGUCCACAGUAGUGCCUUCUAACAGAGAUCAGCAGAUUCAGUUGAAAGACCUCCUUCGGCCCGGCAAUGUGAAGAGCACCGGACUGAAGGGCAACAGUCUGAUGGAGCUCAUGAAGCUGAAGCCUCCACCUAACAUUGCACCGCCAGUAGCAACAGCAACAGCCACAGGUGAAAUGAACAAUGGGAUCAAGAAGGAAGUUCUGGGUAAAGAUGCUGCCAGAAACUGGAUUAAUGACGACAUUAAAGUGCAAACCUUCUCACACUCUCUGAAAAUCCCCGGGAUGAAGGAGGAGGAUGAGCCUGAGGAGGAGGAGGAAGAAGAGCUGGGCCAUGCUGAGACUUAUGCAGAGUACAUGCCAAUGAAAUUGAAGAUCGGUCUGCGGCACCCUGAUCCCGUGGUGGAGACCAGCUCCCUGUCCAGUGUCAACCCUCCAGAUGUGUGGUACAGACUGUCGAUCCCAGAAGAAGUCAUUGAUCGCGGCUGCCUGUCGGCUCUGCAGCUGGAGGCCAUAACAUACGCAGCUCAGCAACAUGAGACAUUCCUCCCCAGCGGUGAUCGGGCUGCUUAUUUGAUCGGAGAUGGAGCCGGUGUGGGAAAAGGCCGGACCAUCGCAGGGAUCAUCUAUGAAAAUUACCUUUUAGGCAGGAAGAGAUCACUUUGGUUCAGUGUCUCAAACGACUUGAAGUACGAUGCUGAGAGGGAUUUAAGGGACAUUGGAGCCAAAAACAUCCAGGUUCACUCACUCAACAAGUUCAAAUACGGGAAAAUCUCCUCUAAACACAAUGGGAGUGUGAAGAAGGGUGUGAUUUUUGCCACCUACUCUUCGUUGAUCGGAGAAAGUCAGUCAGGAGGAAAGUACAAGACCAGAUUUCAGCAGCUCCUCCACUGGUGUGGGGAGGACUUUGACGGCGUCAUCGUGUAUGACGAGUGUCACAAAGCCAAAAACGUUUGUCCAAUCGGAUCAUCCAAACCUACAAAAACUGGGCUUGCAGUGUUGGAACUGCAGAACAAACUCCCCAACGCUCGGGUCGUGUAUGCAAGUGCUACAGGUGCCUCUGAACCGCGAAAUAUGGCCUAUAUGAAUCGUCUGGGCAUCUGGGGUCAUAAAACACCGUUCAGAGAAUUUGGCAACUUUAUCCAAGCUGUUGAACGCAGAGGUGUUGGUGCCAUGGAGAUUGUAGCUAUGGACAUGAAACUGAGGGGGAUGUACAUCGCGAGGCAGUUGAGUUUUACAGGUGUGACUUUUAAGAUCGAGGAGGUUCCACUGACGCAGCAAUACAUCCACAUGUACAACAAAUCUGUGAGGCUGUGGGUGAAAGCACGUGAGAAGUUCCAGCAGGCGGCGAACCUGAUGGAUGCAGAGCAACGCAUGAAGAAGUCCAUGUGGGGGCAGUUCUGGUCGGCUCAUCAGAGGUUCUUCAAAUACCUCUGCAUCGCCUCCAAAGUCCGCAGAGUGGUGCAGCUCGCCAGGGAGGAGGUCCAGAACGGAAAGUGCGUAGUGAUCGGUCUUCAGUCCACCGGAGAAGCCAGAACGCUCGAGGCCUUGGAGGAAGGAGGAGGAGAGCUCAACGACUUUGUGUCAACUGCAAAGGGUGUGCUGCAGUCCUUGAUUGAGAAGCACUUUCCAGCUCCUGACAGACAGAAGCUUUACAGCCUGCUGGGUAUCGACCUCUCCGCUAAGAAGACGCCUUCGCCCACUGAAACGGCGGCAAAGCCAGAACAGAAGGGCAAGAAAAGAAAAGAUCAUGGCUCAGUCAGAAAGGAACAAAAGAAAGGAAAAGAGAGAAGAAGAAAAAAAGAAGAAGGAGAGUAUCGAUCCAGACCCAUCAAAGUUGCCUUUGUUAGCCUCUGGGCCUGUGGCUCCACCAGGCCCACCUUCACUGCCCCUGUUAUCCCCCCCAGCACACUGCCACAGAUGACCGUCGAGAAGGUCGUGUGGUCAGUAACGGUACGACGGCAGCAUCAGACGUAUGAAUCUCGCUCUGAGCUGGACGUUCCCCGUGGAAAUCCUCAAUCUCACAGAGAAGCAGAGGUUCAUGGAUGGUUAAGAGAAGGGUGGGUGUGUGGAGAGGUGCGUGGGGAUGUCGUGGGAGGGGAAAGCGACGCAUGCGAUUGGGCGGAUCAGAACGGACCAGAGUAUAUGGUUAUUCUAUGUUCAGAUUUUCAGAUGAGGAACAACAAGAAAACCGCCAUCCUGGUCAAAGAGGUGAACACCAAGAAGAGGCUCUUCCUGGUUUACAGGCCGAACACGGGCAGACAGCUCAAACUGGAGACGUACGCAGACAUCAAGAAGAAGUUUAAAAAGGUUUUGUCAGAAGACGCCAAGCAGCACUGGACGGACCAGUACAAGCUGUCAGCAAAGAUCUGCUCUCACGCAUAUUGGCGGGGUAACUGUAAGAAAGCGGCGGUGGGUCUUCAGUGCGAAGUCGGUCUUCGGUGUCGGACGUACUACGUGCUGUGCGGCUCGGUGCUCAGCGUGUGGAACGAGCUGGAGGAAGUGCUCACCCCCGUCAGUGGAACCAACGUGAAGGUGCAGAUCGUCCGCCUCAGAACGGAGGAUGGACAGAGGAUAGUUGGACUGAUCAUUCCAGCGAACUGCGUGUCUCCAUUAUGUAACAAGCUGUCCACGUCGGACCAGUGCCAGCAGCUCGCCGUGCAGGAGCUGCAGAAGCUGCAGCAGCUCCACCCCCAAAGUCUCAGCCACGCGCCCAACACAUAGUUCAGGGCGCCUUCAGUCCCAUCUCCACCCCGCGAGUUCACGUCCCCGUCUAAAGGGAUCUGACUCGGUCUCUGUCUCUGCACGGCAGGCUCCAGGACCGCUGUCCCUUGCUCUGCGCCCUCUCGCCCCCCUAAUUGUCUCUGAGGGUCGGAGGACUCGCGCCCGGCUGUGGUGCCUCUCAGAUGUAAAGCAGUGGUUGUACAGAGAUGAGUUCAGGGUUUUUCUUUCCUUUUUUUGUUUUUUUUAAAUCUCCGGAGACUCUUGUUUUCACCUAGAGAGAUUUUGACGGGUGAUGUUUUGUCCUCUGACAUUCAGAGUGAAAAGAUUUGUGAUAUAGUGAUGGAGACAGAGUUGAAACCCAGAGGACACGUUGGCUGUCGAGUUGUCCACCUUUCACGCACGCUUUAAGACGUUCGGUCCGGACCGCCUGGUAGGAGGCGAAGGGUUAAUCCUGGUUCAGACCAAAGGUGGGAGACACAAAGACCACUGUGUGUAUGAAAAAAGGCGAUUAAUGGAAAACAAUUCCAUAUUAAUAUCAGAUUAAAUUUGUCCCAUGUGAUACUCCUCAGACGAUGUUCAGCCCUGUUAGCAAAGAAAAAAAAGCUUUAAAGUCGAAAAACAGAUGCACAACAUUAAUCCAAAUUUUCUGUGUCGUGAAACAACAAAACAAAAAGUUUUUAGUUUUUUUUUAUCACGGAGCAGUUUAUUCCCGUGUCCUUGUUUUGCACACAAGUCUCACAUUUACUAAAGUCCCUUGUUUGAUUUCAAACUUUAUCAUUUUAUUUCUUUGUCCAAACUGUAAAUUAAAGGAUAAGUUCACUUUUUUCCCUCAAGUCUUAAAACAACAGUUUGUUCCUGCAGUCAGGCUCAUUUACACAGUUUGACUGGUGAAAGAUUUCGGUGUCAGCUGGUCUGCUGACGUCUAUUUAUAGAGCAGGAAAGUGAGAAAAUGUUUUCUCGAAAGAUAACAUUGAAGCAGUCGCUUUGUCGAGGAACGAGUCCAGUUAUCAAACCGUCGUGUUCACGGUGUCGCGCAGAAAACCCUGUUUAGCGUUUAAACAAAAGUCAUAAUUUAUUACUUGUUUUUUCCAGAAUUGUGAAAUAAUUAUGCUGCGGUCAAGUGAACUGUGGUUUGUAAAAUUAUCUCGUGAUCUCGAGAAAACAAACACAAAAUUGAGAAAUUAGUCUUCCAUUUUACCAAAAGCCAACAAAAAUUAACUCGUAUUUUGAGAUCAAGGCUGUAAAAUAUAAUUGCAGCACAGCCUGUCUUGGUUUCUGCAGAAACCUCCCACAGUGGAAACUAAAACGUUUUUUUUGUAGUUUGUGUUGCAGGUUGGUUUGAGAUAAAGAUCUUUUUUUAAAGGUCACGGGUUCAUUUAUGUGGAGUCACUGAGAUAAUUCAUCAUGAGAAAACGACUUGUUUCAUCAGAAAGCAGAAUAAUUAUACGAGCAGCGGCUUCCUCGACCUCUUCAUUUGAGAAAACAAGUGUUUUCUUGUGAUAAAUUAUCCUGAGAAAUCUGCCUUUUGAUUUCACUAAAAAACCUGCGUAGAUAAAGUCAUUAUUACGAGAAAACAAGCUUUACAAUUUUGAGAUUAUCAGCAUUAAAAAUGUAAGCACAACUGUUGUUGGCUGCUGUAGCUUUCAAUCUGCAGCACAAAUUACUUUUUUUUUUUUAUCUUUUAGUUUUUGCAGACCGGGGAAAAUGGAAGUACUGAUUAUUUAAUCACAGGAAAACAUGCUUUGUUUUCCAAAAACCAAAUAAAUGCAUGAAAUAACUCAUUAUCACGAGGAAACAAGCUUUGCAAUCUCAAGAUUAUCAGCAUAAAAAAUGCAAAAACAACCUUUCCUGGUUUCUGUAGCUUUCAAUCUGCAGCACAAACUACAAUUUUAUGUCAUUUUUUAAUGUUAUUUUCUGCAGACGGGAAAAUGGAAGUACAGAUUAUUUAAACCUUUAUCAUAGGAAAACAUGAUUUUUUUUUUUUGUUUUGUUUUAAAAGCACAGUUUCCAUAGAAACCACCUUUGGUCUUUACCUGGAUGUCAGCCGGACUAACUCAUUCAAAGAGAACAACAAUCAUCUAAAGCAGCCAAGAGUUAGUGAGAAAUGUGAAAUCCUUGUCACUUUUUCAUUUCCCAUCAGUCUCUAUAGCUCUGUGCUCUGCUCAUGGUUUUUUUUUUUGCCUUUUUUUAAUGAAAUUCUGCUCAGGGGUUAAACUCAUACAAAGACCCUCUUUGAAAACAAAAUCUUUGCAACGUACCUGAAAUGCAUGACCAUAACUCAAACUGCUCCUCCUGCUCAGUAAUCCGUGGCUCCGUGGUUAAAAGCUGUGUUUACAGCUCGUACUCUCACAGUUUUUAAAAAAAAAAAAAAAAAAACACGUCUCUCGCCGAGUUGUGAUUAAAACGGGCUUCUGUUUAUUCGUGUUCCUCCUCAGUCCUUUAUCGCAUAAUAUUAGAUCUGCACUGGAAGGGACAGACCAAAGACGCGAGCUGUCCUCGUAGAUUACAAAGACGGGAUGUGUUUUGUAUCUUUCGCAGUGCACUCGGACACAUCGGUGACCUGUGGACUCGUUAAUGUUACUGACCGUUUGUCCUCUUCUGUUCUGGAUCGAUGCGUCUGUGAGUGAGACUGGAAGGAAGUUAGUUUUUGUAUCAUACCAAUGUGCAUUUUGUACACUUUGUAAAAGGAUUUCAAUUCUGUUGGACAGACUCUGCUCUCUAAUUGGUCUUUUAACUUGAAUGUCCACCACAUAUAAGCCAACAACUCCUCUUUUUUUGUCUUUUUGAGAUGUAUUAUAUAUUUAAAUAUAUAUAUAUACACACACGGGCUGCUGACUAACGUUUUUGAACGCCGUCACGGCAGAUCGGCUCCUCUGAAGUUGAAACACUUGAAGGACUCUCUUUUUUGUUUGUUUUUUUCUUUCAUUCUUGCACGAGUUGCACUACUGACAGAGUUGUACAAAAAUUCGACAUGACCUGUACAUGAAUGAGUGUGAUGCUCAAUAAAGCUUGGUAUACUUCUA